CCGGCAAGUCAAUGAAAUUGGUGGUUUUGUGUAUUUUCUGAUUUUUGUUCAAUUUCGGUAAAAAUUAAGUUUAAAACGUUUUAUUCUUUUAUAUUAUUUCCUAAUUAAAAAGUAAUAUGUCCGAUGAUGAGGACAUUCAGUAUGUUAAAAGACAACGCACACUGCACUAUGGUUCUCUGGAAGAGGCCGAGAGAAAGCGCCAGACUGCUGCUGUUGCUGGGGCUACCUCCACCGUAACUGCAUCCACUUCAAGUGCUGCUGCUACGGUUACCAACCAACUUGAAGACAUUGAGUCUGACGAAGAUUAUGAGGAGGUAAAAAAACCAACUGCGCCUUCGUUACCGCCAACUUCUGGUGCACUGGCUAAUAAGAUCGACGAUGAUUACUUCGAUUUGGAAACAGAAGUAGCGAAGGACAAAGAAGCGUUGCUCAAAGAAUUUGAACGUAAAAAACGUGCACGUCAAAUAAACGUUUCCACUGAUGACGCGGAAAUAAAAGCUAACUUGCGACAACUAAAUGAGCCAAUAUGCUACUUUGGGGAGGGUCCAGCAGAAAGACGGCGACGUUUAAAAGAGUUAUUAGCUAGUUUAGGCGAGAAUGCGAUUAAACAGAAGCAAACUGAAGAGGAAGAGCGUAAACAACUGCAGAAAGAACAAGAAACAACUUGGUAUCACGAAGGACCGGAGGCAUUGCGAGUGGCGCGAAUUUGGAUUGCAGACUACUCACUGCCAAGAGCUAAAACACGUUUAGAACAUGCGCGCUCGCUAUUGGAUGUACCAAGCGCAACACGUGCUGGCCAAUUGGUAGAGCUACAAAAGCGUUUACAUGCCUUGGCACCGCACUGCAGUCAAGUGGGCGACACACGUCCAGUAAGUGGUGUAGCGUUUAGCGAAGACUCUAAAUUGAUAAUGACAUCGUCAUGGUCUGGAUUGUGUAAGGUGUGGACAGUAACAGACUGUAAGCUGCUAUUGACACUGCGCGGUCAUGCCAGCUAUGUUGGUGGUGUAGCAUUUCGACCAGGCGUGACGCAAGAUGAUAAUAAUGUUGUAGCAAUGGCUUCAGGUGGUCAUGAUGGGGCGGUCAAAUUGUGGGGCUUUAAUUCGGAAGAAUCACUAGCGGAUAUAACAGGACAUAUGCCACAUAGAGUUUCUAAGUUAGGGUUUCAUCCAUCCGGUCGAUUCUUGGCAACAGCUUGUUACGACUCCUCCUGGCGCCUUUGGGACUUGGAACAAAAAACUGAAGUUUUACAUCAAGAAGGCCAUGCCAAAGCAGUACACAGCCUUAGUUUUCAAAUAGAUGGCAGUGUCAUCGUAACAGGUGGUCUAGACGCAUUUGGACGCGUUUGGGAUCUUAGAACUGGUCGUUGCGUAAUGUUUCUUGAAGGCCAUCUUGGUUCCAUAUUCGGUGUGGAUUUCUCGCCAAAUGGUUUUCAUAUUGCCACUGGCUCUCAGGAUAAUACCUGUAAAAUUUGGGACUUACGUCGACGUCAGUCAGUUUAUACGAUUCCCGCACAUACCAACCUAAUAUCAGAUGUUAAAUACCAGCGAGAUGGUGGCAGUUUUCUGGUAACGUCCUCCUAUGAUUGCACCACGAAAAUUUGGUCAAAUAAAACAUGGCAGCCAUUAAAAACAUUAUUGGGACAUGAUGGCAAAAUAAUGGCUGUCGACAUCUCACCGGAUUCGCAACAUAUAGUAACAGCGUCUUUCGAUCGUACCUUCAAAUUGUGGGCUUCGGAGAGCUGAUGCUAAUAGCAACUGUUCUUUCACUGCCUUAUGUCUUAUGAUUUCGAUCAUUAUUUAAGAUAAAUAAUUACAAAAAAGUUACAUUUUUAAUUUUCGUACUGUUGAAUAUAAUAAU